AAACAGAUCAAUUCGAAUUCGAAUUGAUAAAUAAUGAAUCUCCUAGUUCUCCUAGUUCCCCUACAAAUAACCCACGAAAAGCCCAAAUUAAAUAUAUACAAAACUGUGCACCUGUCAGAGAUUAUCUUAAUGAACUUGACGAUGGAAGUAACGAAUACAAAGUAUGUAAACAAGCAUUCGGAAACCAGACCGCAAUAUCAACAAUCAAUCGGCAUUUUGAAGCUUUCUAUCCUUCUGAAUACGCUAUAAUCAAACAGCCUAGUGCAAUGAAAGGAAAAUUUACAUCGUAUUGGGCUCACCUAAACGAAUCUUCAACAAUCUCUGGUCUUCUUGAUCUCUGCAAUAAACUUUCAACCUUUGAUAUUUAUGAACGUGAUCAAGCUAUCAAUAAACUUCAUGAAUUGCAUAAAAAGUAUAAACUAACCGAAGAAAAUAACUCACUUCCACCUCCUACUACUACUAAAGCAACACGUAUACUUUUUCGUAAUCUUAACCAUAGCCACCGGGCUGACUUGAAUCAAUGUAAAAUUGACAAGUAUUUGGCUGAGAUUGAAACUGAAGCGGAGCCACUUCUUUGGUGA